AAGGGUGAGUAAUAGAAUUAAUGUAGUAAACUGUUGCCAUACCUUUUUUUCUUGACAUGGAGCUAAGUCUAAGUCGGGUCAUAAAAGCAAGAGCACACAUAGUUAGUGGGCUAGUGAUAGAGAUUCGUACAGAAACAAGCAGAGCAGCAAAGCUAAAGCUCAAACCAUGUGGCUUUUCAAGAGAAAGGGGCCAUCAGGAUUUUCGUAUUCAUCCACGGCUGAACAAGUCACCCAUGGAGUUGACGGUUCUGGUCUCACUGCCAUUGUUACAGGAGCAUCGAGUGGUAUCGGUUCUGAAACUACCCGUACUCUUGCUCUUCAUGGAGUUCAUGUUAUCAUGGCUGUCAGGAAUAUGGCUGCUGCAAAAGAUGUAAAAGAAGCAAUCGUGAAUGAAAUCCCGGCUGCUAAAGUUGAUAUAAUGGAGUUAGAUCUUAGUUCAUUGGCAUCAGUAAGGAAAUUUGCAGAUGACUUUAUAUCAUCAGGUCGCUCAUUGAACUUGCUAAUUAAUAAUGCAGGCGUGAUGGCAAUUCCCUUUAUGCUCUCCAAAGACAACAUAGAGCUGCAAUUUGCCACUAAUCAUCUAGGUCACUUCCUUUUGACAAAUUUGUUGUUGGAGAAAAUGAAGGAGACAGCACGUGAAACAAAGAGAGAGGGAAGGAUAGUCAAUGUUGCAUCAGAGGCUCAUUAUGUUACCUAUCGUGAGGGAAUUCGGUUUGAUAAAAUUAAUGACCAGCAAAGCUACAGCAGGUACAUGGCAUACGGCCAAUCAAAGCUGGCUAACAUACUGUUCACUACUGAGCUUGCGAAACGCUUAAAGGAAGAUGGUGUGGAAAUAACAGCUAAUUCACUAAAUCCUGGAGCAAUCACAACCAAUCUUUUCCGUCAUAUGACUAUUGUUAAUGGCUUUGUUUGUACAAUUGGAAGACUCGUGCUUAAAAAUGUUCAACAGGGAGCAUCAACCACCUGUUAUUUAGCAUUGAAUCCACAAGUGAAGGGGGUGAGUGGCAAAUAUUUUCUGGACAACAAUUUGGCCACCACAUCGACCAGGGCUAGGGACAUGGAUUUGGCUAAGAAACUCUGGGAUUUUAGUAUGGAUUUGGUCAAGUAACAAACAACAUGUAUCAGUAAAAUAGAAAACUUUCUAUUUGGUUGUUUGUAUGAAACAACAGAUAUCAGUAAGUCUGUAUUACAGGUUAAAUAAGGAAUGUUGUUCUUAAUCAAAGAGAGAAGUAAGAUUUUGUUUCUUGCA